AUGAAAGCCUCAAUUCUGGCUCUCUGGAUCCCCCAAAGCUGGGCUGCCCUCCACAUCCAGAAGGUCCCAGAGCAUCCUCAAAAGGACCAGAACCUUCUCCCGUCCGUCCAGGGCAUCCCAGGCAACUUUCAGGACUUCAGCUGGUACCCGGGGGAGGAUGCCAAUGGCGGCACGAUGUUAUUCACCUCCUUCCCUGACCUCCAGCGGCCCCAGAGGGACGGCAGCGCCAUGGGGCAACGUGACAUCGUUGGCUUCCCCAAUGGGUCCACGCUGCUGUACCGCAUCCAGCCCACAGACAGCGGCACCUACCAGGUAGCUGUCACCAUCAAUCCUGACUGGACCACGAGGGCCAAGACCGAGGUCCAGGUGGACGAAAAGCUGAAGGAGCUGCCCAUUACACACCUGCCGCUGAGUGCUGGGAUCAUGGCUGCCAUCAUAAUUGGGUUCCUUGCUGCUGGGUCCCUCUUUGUCGGGUGCAUUGCCCAUCUCCUGUCAACAAGAGGCUGGAGGGGCCAGAGCCACAGAGUGCCCACUCCAGGAGGCCAGGGGUCUUUGUCUGUCUUGUUCCCAGCUGUGUCCCCAGUGGCUUCAACAGGACCCAGCCCAUGGUCCAUAAUGACACCCACAGAGAAGCCAGAGGUGCACCCCAAUCACAAUGCCGGUGACCAGAACAUCUAUGAAGUGAUGCCGUCUCCGACCCUCCUGGUAUCUCCCCCCGGUGACCCGAGGUCCGUGAACACCUCCAUGCCCCUGCCCCAGCAGCAGCCAGAGCCGGAGAACCACCCCUACCGGGACUUGCUGAACCCUGCCCCUGCCCCUUACUGCCAACUCAUGCCGACCCCCCGAAGAGGCCCCUGGAAGAGCAAAAGCCUCAGCCCUCCCCUGGGGGCCUGGGGCCCACAGAGAAGCCACACCAGAGACCCCACAGCACCAGGCCACCACAGCCAGAGGCCGACAAGGUGGACUCAAAUGAAGACUCAGCACAGGAUCAGGCAUGGGCAAGAGAUCAUGAUGGGCCCAGCGCCUCUCUGA